AUGGAAGGUGAGACAAUAGGCGUGCUGGAAACACGUCUUCUCGAAUUUGAAGACCUCGACGACUCAACCGACUGCAUCGACGGUGUUCGGAAUAUGGGUAUGAGGUUUGGUGAGUUGGUAGACAUAGGCUGCAUUGCGUUGAAGACUUUCGUGAAGUCCUCUGCGUCUGCGAAUGCUGAGGUCGAGUAG